CAAAACCUAUAAGAAUAACUAUUGAUUAUACCUAGUUAGGUUAAGGUAUAACAGAUUAAUAAAAAAUAUAUAUAAUGGAUCUUAUGGAGACAUCCAAGCUUUAUUUUUAAAGACUUUUGAAAGUGUACCCAUUAACAUAAAAUAACAUUUUCAAUAAAAAUAUUUUUAGUAAAUGUUUAGGUCUUUAAAUUCCGAUAAAAGAUUAAACAGUAGGAGUUCCUAAUUCAGAUUUACAUAUAUAUGUAAUUUAUGUUAAUAAAAAUAAUAUUGUUAUUGCUGGUGCCACUUAUUGUUCAAUAUCGAGUGAUAUAAUCACUAGACCUAUUUUCGGAAUAGUUUAAUUUAACUUAUCAAACAUGAAAAAAUUUGGAGGAGAUCUGGCAACAUUUGAGAAUCAUUUGAAAAUAACUAUUCAUGAAAUUUUACAUUUACUCGGUUUCUCAGUUAGAGUAAUGUAAUAUUGGAUUGAUCCUGAUACUGGAAAAUCUUAUGGAGCUAACUUUAAAGAUAAAUUGUUAAAAAAAAAAAUUUACAGAGGAAAAUAAACAUCUAUUUUAAUUUCUAAAAAUAUAGUAGAAGUAACUAGAAAAUAUUAUAAUUGUCCUACAGCUGAAGGAAUGUAACUUGAAAAUUAAGGUAAUUCAGGUACAAUUAGUUCUCAUUGGGAAAAAACUGUUAUUUUUAAUGAAAUUAUGGUUGGAUCUGAAGUAGUAUCUAAUAGUGUUCUUUCUAUAUUUACAAUUGCUCUUUUGAAAGACACAGGCUUUUACCCUGAAGUAAACGAGAAUAUGGCAGAUAAUAUAUUCUGGGGAAAAGGAAAAGGUUGCGAUUUCUUAGAAAACGCUUGCUAAAGUGCAAUUGAAUAUCCUGAAUUUCCUAAAUUAAACGUUUAAAAGUAAUGUACAUUCUAAUAUGAGGGAAUAGGUAAUAACGAAUCUGAAUCAUUAGUAGAUGGAUGUAAUUUAAUAAGAUUAUAUCUAAAUAGAUAGUGUACAAAUCCUAAUAGUGUAACUGAAUAAGAAGAUAAACAAGAUGAACAGAAUAAAUUAUCUAAUUAUUCAACUCAAAGUAAAUGUUUCUAAUCUACAGCUACAAAGUCAUAAUCUUCAUGGUAUUAUGAUAAAUUCAGAUGUCACUAAUACAAGUGUUCCUCUGAUGCUUCUGAAAUAUCUGUUGUUUUCCCUGAAAUUAAUUUAACAGUUAUAUGUAGAAAAGGGGAAUAAAAUAUGAAAAAGGAUGUCGAUCCAAGUGGCCAAAAAGCAUAUGGUUAAAUCACAUGUCCUUAAGAUUAUGAGAGAUUCUGUAAUUAUACUCCUAUAUGUCCAAAUUUUUGUUCUGAAAAAGGAGUUUGUGUAAAGGGUCAAUGUAUCUGCUAAGCUGGAUUCGGAGGAGUUGAUUGUUCCAUAAAAUGCUCUGGGGUAGUCGAUAAUCAUAGUUGUGUAGAAGGCACAUGUCCUAUAGGUAAAUUCUUGAAUCCAGAUAAUACUUGCAAAUCAGAUUGUCCUUUAGGUUAUUUUGGAAGUGCUAAAAAAUGUUAAGUUUGUGAUAGCAAUUGUUCUAGAUGCACAGGACCAUCAGCUAAUGAGUGUUCUAAAUGUUAGUUUAUGACAUUAUUGUAAGAAAACUAGUGUGUAGAUAAAUGCAAUGAGAAAUAAGGAUAUUUUUAUAAUUAAAAUUUAGGUAUUUGCGAAUAUCUUUGGUCUAAUAAAUGUUAAGGAAAUUGCAAAAUUUGUUAAAAAAAUAAUUAGCAUUAUUGCAUUACUUGUAAAGAAAGUUAUUUUUAUUAUGAUAAUAAUAAGGAGUGUUUAAGUUAAUGUCCUUUUGGAUAUUUCGCAAACUAAGAAAAUUAAUUUUGUGAGAAGAAUUCCUUAGGAUGUCUUUAAUAAGAUAAUCCUAUCACCUGUUCUCAAUGUGAUACUAAUAAUGGAUUUAGAUUAGGUUUAGACGAGAAAUGCACUUUGUGUUAGUUAGAUUGCUCCUUAUGUAAUCCUAAUAAAUUAACUUAAUGUUUUGUUUGUGAGGGAAGUAAAUUAGUAAGUAUUGAUGGUAGUUGUGUAGAUGAAUGCCCUUCUGCAAGCUACUAUUCUGAUCAUAGAAAAAAAUGCUUAGAAUGUACUCAAAAUUGUAAAAAAUGUAAUUAUAUUGGUUGCAGUGAAUGCUAUGAUGGUUAUUAUCUAUAUUAUGAGAAUAAAACUUGUUUAUAUUGCGUUUAUAAAUAUCCAAAUUGUCAAUCCUGUGAUUAUCAUUAAUGUGUUAAAUGUAUGAAUGGAUAUUAAUUAAAUUAAACUAAAAAAUAAUGUGUACCGUUUACUUAAGAAGGAGGUGAAAGUACUGAAAUAGAAUACACUCAGGGAUGUGAGAAACUUUCUUAAUUUAAAAAAUGCUUAAAAUGUUAAGACGGUUUUUAUGAUUAUUCAGUGGAUAAUCCAACUAUUUAAACUAUAAAAUGCCUUAGUUGUACUAUUAAAUUCAGUAAAUGUAGUUCUUGUACACCAAGUAUUUGCUUAAAAUGUUUUCAUGGAUAUGAAUAUUAUGAAUACGAAGAUUAAUGCAUUGAAGUUAAUAAAGAUGCUACUGAUUGCAAUUAAGGAUGUACUUUAUGUAGCUAAAAUGGUAUGUGCUUAAAAUGUAUGGAUGGUUUUUAUUAAGAUUUUAUAUAUAUAUAUAAUUAUAAAUAUAACCUUUGUUACGAAUGCAGUAGUAAAUUUAGUAAUUGCAUAUAAUGUGAUUCGAUUUAAUGCACAAAAUGUAUUACUGGAUAUUCUUUAAAUAAUACUUUAAAAUAAUGCGAAUUAAUCCCAUCAUCUAGAUUUUUAAAUUAGGUUUAAGGCGAUAAUUAAUGA